GUCCUGUGCUUCACCAUGCUGGGGCUGGGCUGCACGGUGGAGGUGAGCCAGCUGGGGGAACACAUCCGCAGACCAGUCGGGGUGCUGCUGGCUCUGCUGUGUCAGUUUGUCAUUAUGCCGCUGGUGGCCUUUCUUUUGGCUUUAGCCUUCUCUCUGGAUGAUGUGGCGGCGAUAGCCGUUCUCCUCUGUGGCUGCUGUCCCGGAGGAAACCUGUCCAACAUCAUGUCUCUGCUGGUGCACGGGGAGAUGAACCUCAGCAUCAUUAUGACCAUAUCCUCCACGCUGCUGGCGCUGGUUCUGAUGCCGCUCUGCCUGUGGAUCUACAGUCGGGCCUGGAUCAAUACGCCUGUGGUCAACCUGCUGCCUUUCCGGGCCAUUAUCCUGACCCUGUGCAGCACCCUCAUCCCCAUUGGUUUAGGAAUGAUGCUGAGGUAUCGCUACACGCGCGUGGCCGACAUGGUUUUAAAGGCAUCUCUGUGGUCUCUGCUCAUCACCCUUGUUAUGCUCUUCAUCCUGACUGGAGUGAUGUUGGGACCAGAUCUGCUCUCAACCAUCCCAGCCUCUGUCUACAUGGUGGCUGUCCUGAUGCCGCUGUGUGGCUACGCUGCAGGUUAUGGCCUGGCUGUGCUGUUUCACCUGCCCCCCAACUGCCGCAGGGCAGUCUCCCUGGAGACAGGGUGCCAAAACGUGCAGCUGUGUACCACCAUCUUGAAGCUGGCCUUCCCCCCUCAUCUCAUGGGUGGGAUGUACAUGUUCCCCCUGCUGUAUGCUCUGUUCCAAGCAGCCGAGGCCGGCCUUUUCAUCCUGGGCUACAGGAUGUAUAGGAAGGAGGUGUUGCACAAACCAGACUCGAUAAUAGAUGGCAAGGACAUUGUAUAUCAGAGGUUUCACAAUGAGGACUUUGAUUCAUCUUACGGUGCAGUUACAGUGAGUGACCCAAACACCAUCAUGCUGGACCCCUGUCCUCCUGAUCCCACAUCUGUUUGAUGUGCAGAUGUUGGAACAGAAGCUCUGUGGUUCCCAAAUGUUUUCACUUUCU